CUUUCAGAUAGCAGAGCUGCAGAAUCUGAGGAGAGAUUAAUGAACAACCUUCUGAGAAAAGACAGAUACAACAAACUUAUUCGACCAGCAUAUAACAGCACUCAGCUGGUUUCCAUUCAGCUCCAGUUGUCUCUAGCUCAGCUCAUCAGUGUGAACGAACGGGAGCAAAUAAUGACAACAAAUGUGUGGCUGAAUCAGGAAUGGGUAGAUUACCGGUUGACAUGGAAUCCAAAGGCGUAUGAUGGGAUAAAGAAACUACGUAUCCCAUCGAAACAGAUAUGGCUUCCAGACAUUGUACUUUACAAUAAUGCUGAUGGUACAUACGAGGUCUCCUUGUUCUCCAAUGUAAUUGUACAGAGCAAUGGCAGUAUAGCUUGGCUCCCACCUGCCAUCUAUAAGAGUGCAUGCAAGAUAGAGGUGAAGCACUUUCCUUUUGAUCAGCAGAACUGCACUCUGAAGUUUCGCUCCUGGACGUAUGAUUACACAGAAAUUGAUCUAGUACUUCAGUCUGGAUUUGCCAGUAUGGAUGACUUUACACCAAGUGGAGAAUGGGAUAUCAUAGAGCUUCCUGGAAGGAGAACAGUCAACCCAAUGGAUCCAACAUAUGUUGAUGUAACAUAUGACUUUAUAAUCAAGAGGAAGCCUCUUUUCUAUACCAUUAAUCUGAUUAUACCUUGCAUUCUUAUUACCUCAUUGGCUAUACUGGUGUUUUAUCUUCCAUCAGACUGUGGACAGAAAAUGACCUUGUGUAUUUCAGUUCUGCUUGCAUUGACUGUGUUCUUACUUCUGAUUUCUAAAAUUGUCCCACCAACCUCUCUAGAUGUUCCACUUAUUGGGAAGUACCUCAUGUUCACUAUGGUGUUAGUGACAUUUUCCAUUGUCACAAGUGUAUGUGUCCUUAAUGUCCACCACAGGUCUCCUAGCACACACACAAUGCCAACCUGGGUCAAGAACUGUUUUCUAGAAAGACUUCCAGUAUAUCUCUUCAUGAAACGUCCAGAACAUAACUCAGGAAAUCAAAAACUUGCCAAACACAGGAGAAACAUGCAAAAUGAACCACUCAAAAACUCCAGCUGUUUUGUAAAUUCAUCUUCUGCAAGGAUGUGUGAUAGGAAGUACAAUGGGCAGACAGAGUAUCACAGGAACCAAGAGUUCCGUUGCAGAAACUCAAGAAAGUUUUCUCAUGAUGCACAAGAAGCCAUGGAAGGUGUGAAUUUCAUAGCAGAUCACAUGAAAUCUGAAGAUGAAGACCAAAGCAUAAUUGAAGAUUGGAAAUAUGUCGCCAUGGUCGUGGAUAGACUGUUUCUUUGGAUAUUUAUUAUAGUUUGUGUUGUAGGAACUGUGGGACUUUUCAUGCAGCCAUUACUACAAACUCAUAUUCCAGUGGAUAGUCAUUAAUGAGGCAGAUGCAAAACUUGAACACCAGUGACUGUCCCCAUCUUUAAGAAAAUUAUUGUGGUGGAGGCCAAUGGAUUAUAGACAUCUUGUUCUUCUCACAAUAAUGUCAGUGUUUACAAUAAACAUUUUUUUUCAUAUG